AUGGAAUAUCUUCUACUUUACGCUGCUCUGGCGGCAUUGGCCUCCUCCAUCCUCUACAGCGUGCAUAUAGUCAUCUAUCGUUUGUAUGCUCAUCCAUUAGCCGGAUUCCCCGGUCCCAAGCUUGCCGCAGCUACUUUCCUCUAUGAGUUCUACUACGACGUCGUUAAGAGUGGAAUGUAUAUCUGGGAAAUCGAGCGCAUGCACCAGCAGUACGGCCCAAUCAUCCGAAUCAGUCCUCAAGAACUGCAUAUCAAAGACCCCUACUAUUACGAAGAAAUCCACGCUCCAGGAUCGCGCAAACGUGCCAAAGAUCCAAAGUACGCCAUCGCGUUCGGCGCCCCCCACUCUCUCGUCGGAACAGUCGACCAUGACCACCACCGUUUGCGCCGCAGCUUCGUCGCAAACUACUUCUCCAAACGCUCGGUUAUGGAUCUUACUCCCAUGAUCAACGAAAAGGUCGACAAACUAAUCGCCCGCUUCGAAGAUGCCUACCACCAGGAUACAGUCCUCCAUCUAAUGCUGGACUUCGCCGCUCUGACCGCCGACGUAAUCACCUACUACUCCUUCGGCUGGAGCCACGGAUACCUGGAUGAUGUGAAUAGCUCGAGCAGCAAUGACUUUGUCGACGCCGUGAACGGUCUGAUGUCCAUGUUCCAUAUCAACCGCUUCUUCCCCAUUCUCAUUACCAUCUUUCGUGCAGCCCCGCCGAAGAUGGUGGGCUGGCUGCAGCCGCAAAUGGCAGAUUUGUUUAACUUUAAAGCUAAGCUUCGUCAACAGGCUAGUGAGACCUUGAAGAAGAUGGAGAAUCAUGCGGAUAUCAAGGACCAGGGGUCAAUUUUUGAUGCUCUGGUUAGUCCGCAUGUGCCGCCUGAGGAGAAAACUCUGGACAGAUUGGAGGAUGAGUCUGCUUUGCUGUUGGGUGCUGGCACGGAGACCACGGCGCGCGCUAUUUCGCUCUCGAUGUUCCAUCUUAUUAACAAUAGAAAUAUGGCAAUUAAACUGCGUGCUGAACUGAGGACUGUACUGAAGACGCCUACUUCUAAGGCUUCGUGGACUCAGCUUGAGAAGCUUCCUUAUCUGACGGGUGUCGUCAACGAGGGUCUCCGCCUGAGUCACGGCAUGACCGCACGUCUGGGUCGCGUUUCACCGAACGACCCGAUGCUCUACAAAGACUGGGUUAUCCCCGCGGGGACCCCAGUUAGCCAGUCCAACUACUUCGUGCACAUGGACUCAACCCUAUUCCCCGAGCCCGAAAAAUUUGACCCCGAGCGAUGGGUCCGCGCCACAGAGAAUGGCGAAUACCUUAGCCGAUUUAUCGUCGCGUUCACCAAGGGCAGCAGACAGUGUCUAGGGAUGAACCUCGCAUACGCAGAGAUCUACAUGUCCCUGGCCCACAUCAACCGCCGCUUCGACUUCGUCCUCCAUGAGACCACGAUGGACAACAUCGCCGUCUACCGCGAGCUCGGAAUCGGAUAUCCGAAGGAAGGUUGCUUCAGUAUCAAUGCUAAAGUUGACGCUAUUAUCGAGAAGUGA